AUAUCGUAGUGCUUAUGAAUAAGCGAGUUUAAUCUUAAGCCAAAAUGGAUUUCCAAAAUAGACCUGGCGGAAAAACCGGCGGUGGUGGCGUAGCGUCAUGGUCCGAAAGCAACAGGGACCGACGCGAAAGACUCCGGCAGCUUGCCUUGGAGACUAUCGAUUUAAAUAAAGAUCCCUAUUUUAUGAAAAAUCACUUGGGAUCAUAUGAGUGCAAACUUUGUCUGACACUGCACAACAAUGAGGGGAGUUACUUAGCCCAUACUCAAGGCAAAAAGCAUCAGGCAAAUUUAGCCCGGAGAGCGGCCAAAGAGGCUAAAGAAGCGCCUCAGCAGCUGGCGCCAGAGAAGCCCAGGAUUGAACCAAAGAAGUUUGUGAAGAUUGGGCGGCCUGGUUACAGGGUGACCAAGCAGAAGGAUCCAGAAAAUGGCCAGCAGAGCUUGUUGUUCCAAGUGGAUUACCCUGAGAUUGCUGAAGGUGUUCAGCCUAGACAUCGCUUCAUGUCAGCUUAUGAACAAAAAAUUGAACCUCCAGACCGCAGGUGGCAAUACUUGCUAUUUGCAGCAGAGCCCUAUGAGACCAUUGCUUUCAAGGUUCCUAGCCGAGAAGUGGAAAAGCAUGACUCCAAGUUCUGGACCCACUGGAACAAAGAUACCAAGCAAUUCUUUUUGCAGUUUGCAUUCAAGAUGGAAGCUUUACGUAUGCCACCACCUCCUCCUAAAAUGUGGGAGAAUCAUGGCAUGCGUCUACCCCCUCCACCAGGAGCACCAAUGAUGGGAGUGCCUCCACCUCCACCACUAUUACCAGUACCACCACCACCACCUUCCAUGUAAAAUGUGUAUGACUAUUAUUGUGGUUGCAAUAAAUAUUUUGAAGAAUAUAA